AUGCGACAAAUGCAAUUAUAUUUAGUAAUAUUUAAUUUAGUAUUGAUACCAUUUAUUUAUACACAAACACCCGUAGAUCCACAAUUAUGUCCUGAAGGUGCUACUUCUCCUACUCUCGAUCCAUACUGGCAUGCAAUUCCAUCACGAUUUGAAAUUAUGACAGAAUUAGUAUUAAAUACUGGAGUCGUAGACGUUUCACAAGCUUUCUCAUCACAACGCGAUGCAAUUAUAACAAAUUCACCACAGGGAACAGUUCAAUCUUAUUGGAAUUUUGAUACUAAUGAACAAUUUGAGGUUUUAACUAAUAAUAGUAAUCCAUUACAAAUACCAAAAUGUGUUCGACAAGUCAUUGACACAACAUCAGAAACUACUGUUUAUCAAUCAAAUACACUUAUGCUUAAACCAUCAGCAUUAUUAGGUUUUGAUGGUCGUAAUCAGAUAAAUCCAUUAUGGGGUAUUCAGUACGAUGGUGAUGAAGAUUUACGUGGUAUUCCUACUAACAGAUUUAAAUCAUGUUUUUAUCUUAAUGAUAUCAAAGCUACUGUAUCAGCAAUAUAUUAUAUAUCCAAUGUAAAAAAAUUUCAAUCUUAUUUACCAGCAAAUCAAAGUAUUAUAUUACAAAUCGAUGUACGAGUUAAGAAUUAUCUUAGUAAAAUGAAUUCGUAUACAUAUAAUGUCUUUCGUUAUAUACCAAAUCCAAAUAGUCGACAAGAACGACAAGCAUUAGAAACUCCAGCAGGUGUAUUUUGUCCAAAUCGAACAUCUAUAUUAUCUUUACCUACAGAUAUUCCAGAACGUAUUACUAUUAAUUCAGAAUCUUUUAUACCAGAAGUCAAUAGUUCAAUUUAUAGUUCACAUGGACUUUUUGAUAAUGAAUUUCAAUUUACUCGUUUGGAUCUUUGGUAUCCUGAUCCAUUCGGUGGACCAACUUGGUCACAUUUUACUGAAAUACAUGAUUUUGCAACUGGUCUUGCCUAUAAUUAUAAUCAUACAACACGUCAAUGUAUGGUUAAUGAUAUAAAUACUUUUUUUGGUGAUGCUGAAUCUGUUGAAGGACAACCAAAUUUAGUACAAAUGGGUUCUCCACAACAUUUAAUUGUUAUGGAUGAUAUUACAAAUCAUUAUACGGGUGAAAAACGAUGUCGUGAUCGUGUUUGGUGUCAUGUAUGGAUUGGUGAAAAAAAAUACCCAAAUAAUACAGUACAACAUCAAGAAUGGUACUGGGCAUCGACUUUUAAUGGUGAACCUUUACAGCGUAUGAUUCCAAUGAAAAUGAUUUGGAAAACUUAUGUUAAUGAUGUUUUGACAAAUGCAGUCGAAAGUACCAUGUUUAAUUAUCGUCGCAAUCCAAAUACAAUUUUUGAAAUCGAUUUUGCUCUAGCUGAUUGCUAUAGAGCUUUAGGUCCAGAUCAAAAAUUCAAUCUUGCUGUUUUAUCUUUUAAAAUUGGAAAUGAUAAAAAAUAUCCUGUAUUUGAAAAUAUAAACUAUUUACGUCUUCAUAUAUUUGAAACAUUAAUGUAUGCAUUACAUAUACGUCCAAUUCGUAUAUCAAAUCUUAUUGUUGAUCAAGAUGAUAGUAAUGAAAAUAUUCUAGUUACAUUUACUUUACUUGAUGCUCCACCACGAACAGGACCUGUCGAAGUACCACUAAAAGAAACAUCAUUAGAUACAUUAAUUGAACGUCUUAAUUCAGCUAUUGAUUCUAAUUCUCUUACUUUUCGUGCAAGAACUAGUACAAAACAAAUUAUUUUACGUGCACGUAUCAGUUCAUUAAAUAUUCAACAUCAAAGUACACAAGAAAAAGUAAGAAGUACAGGUCCAAAAAUUACUGGACUUUGGAUUGGAUUUAUUAUUGUUGGAGUACUUGUUGGUGGAGUGGGUGGAUUUUUUUUAUUAGCAAAAAUGGCAACAUCAUAA